ACGUCGACUUCUGGGACACCCUGUAUAGUACGUUCCAAUUAGUUGUAGUUAUACCAUCGGACCACGUGCAUUAAUCCAUGUCCUGAAGAAGUUUGUUCAAUAUCUGCUUCCUUUUAGUGGGAGAUUACGGAGAACCACCAUACACUCCUCCAGCUUUGCUUGUAGCUGUUUUGCGGCCGGUAUUGCCGGAAGCCACUCCUAUAUCAUUUUAAUUAACUAUUUUAUAGAUAUUAUUUAUAUAUUGAUUAUUGAUGACUGAAGUUCUUGAGUUUACUUGAUUUUGUUUAGCAUUUUACGUAGGCAUUUGAAUAUGGGGCAGUAUAAGAUAAAGAAUGCACAAUGUCGUAUGGUAAAAAAAUAACAGACUUUAUUGCAGGAACAAAUAGUGGUUACAAGAAAAAUAACAGAGCUGUAUAGAAAAAAAAGAAGUAAAAAGCAAAUAUUUCUUAAUGGG